UUUUAAUUAUUCACCGUACCCUACUCGAAUGUGAAGUAACGAACAGGUGGGGACGCAGGAUUACUAGAUUGACCCUAACCCUAGUCACUCUCAAAUUUUUUUGCUUCACCCUUCGAACGUGAAAUGUCGCGUCCAACGCUAUGGUCGACUGCUGAUAUGGAUGAUGAUUUGGCGGAUGCGGUUGAUGCAGAGCUCUCGAUAUACGCUCAGCAGGGCCAGAAUCCGGCAAUAUACGACCAGCUUGGAGCACAGAUUGAACAGCUUGAACCGCUACUGGCGAUUCAGCAACAUAUGGCUGCUUUGGCUGCCGUGCCCGAUGUUGUGAAGAGCUUUAUCGUGUCCUUUCACCAAGCAAUACUUAAUAGAGACCUUCCUUCGAUCACGAUGUUCUACACAACAACAUUCCCAAAACUUACCGAUCGAUUCUAUUCACGCGCGGAAUGGCCUGAACCAGAAAUAAUUGCGCCUCUGCUUUCGUCGAAUAAUGCAACUGAGGAUCAAGUUCAUAUCUUCCUUGUACUCUACCGCGACCUGUAUUACCGUCAUGUUUAUUCUCGGCUUCAACCCAACAUCGAUGACCGUUUUCAUUCUUAUGAAAACUCAUGCGAGCUAUUCAACUAUUUACUCAACUCUCCCAGCUCAGCUAAUGAUGAGUCGGAUGAACCUGCGCCUGUCGACUUGGUCCUCCCGGAACAGUGGUUAUGGGAUAUCAUCGACGAGUUUAUCUACCAGUUUCAGGUAUUUUGCUCCUGGCGCUCAAAGGUCAAAUCCAAGACGGACGAUGAGCUCAUGAUGCUCGCGGACGGAACAGGUGUAUGGUCUUCUUACUCUGUCCUCAACGUUCUUUAUUCGCUCAUUCAAAAAUCGAAAAUCAACGAGUAUAUUGUUGCGUUGAAAGAGGAACAAGGAAAGGAAAAUCCUAGGCCUGCGGAGGAAGUGGCGCAAUCCAUUUCCCCCUAUACGGCUCUUCCUCUCUACCGAACCCUUGGAUACUUUUCUGUCCUUGGACUUCUCCGUGUGCACGUACUCCUCGGUGACUUUACCCUUGGGCUCAAAGUCAUGGAUCAAGUGGGGGAAUUUCUCCUUGGCGGCUCCAGUUUCGGCGCCAAAACCAACAAAUCCUCCUUCACCGCCCUUCCUACCCUUCCAGCAACUCAUAUCUCAACUCAUUAUUAUGUCGGUUUUUGCUAUAUGAUGCUUUGCCGAUACCCUGAUGCUAUUCGCACCUUUGUCACGGUUCUCAACUUCUUUCAACGUAUGCAACGCAUGCGUAACUACUCUGGUUACGAACGGAAAGACCAGUACGAUCAGAUUGCGAAAACUGCCGACCGGACUCUAGCGUUGUACGCAAUGUGCCAUUCUUUGGUUCUACCGGGAUCGCCGUUCACUAGACUGGAUGAUAACAUCACUAACAGUGCGAAAGAAAGAUACGGGGAUCAAAUGGGAAGGAUGAGUAGGGGAGGAAGUGAUGCGCUUGUAGCAUUCGAGGAACUAUUCCUCUAUGCAUGCCCGAAAUUUAUCAACGCCAACUCGCCACCGUAUGACGACCCAGAGGCUAUCGCAUUGUUGCUGAACGCAGAUCCUGCGGAUGCCGCAGAAGGAUCCUCCCCCAUACCGACAGACCCUACGCAUCGUCACCUUCGUCUCUUCCUGGCUUCAGCAGGCGCACAGUCACCUCUACCUACCCUGCGCUCUUUCCUUCACUUGUACACCUCUCUGACCACUGAAAAGCUCUCGUCGUUUUUGGAUUUGGUCAAGGUCAACGAGUCGGAUAAGGAAGCCGUUGAAGACGCAGAGGCUGAGGAAGAAGCCAUCCAAGAAAUGAUGGUGCUCAAGCAAAGCAGCAAGAGUUUAAGCCGAAUAGUCCCGGUACAAGGCAAAGUUGACAAAGGGAACGAUGCAUCUUCAACGGGCGUGAGAGCCCAAGGUAGUCUAUUGGCUGGAGAGAUGAUUUCGACGAGUGAUUUGAACUUUGUCAUUGACGAUAACACAAUCCACAUCGCUGAGAGCACUGUUGGGCGACGUUAUGCCGGGUGGUUUAUCAAAAACACUGAACGCUCGCAAAGGGUGUUGGACGAAAUUCGUGGGUCACCUCUUCCCAGAGGCAAAAUAGGACAAAAGCAACAUGUACCUGGUGCGGUCACGUCUGGCGCUGACGCGGGAGCGCCCGCUGGUUCAACAGAUAUAUCAGGGCACAAGAAACCACCAACAAAAACCGUUGCUUGGGGUGGUGCGGGCACUAGGGCAACUGUAGAUGUUUAAAGAUAGUUCAUUGGUUUUUCAUAUUUGUGCAUUGCCUUGUCCAGAUAUUCUCUGUCAUCAUCAAAUAUGAUAAUUAUUUCAGUGAAAUCCAUUGCCACAAGCCUGAAAUCC